CCCUGCCGCGCCCGGGCGGCGGCGGCGGCACUUCUAACGCGCGGGCACCCGGGCCGCCGCGGCCCCCGCAAACUACGCCCAGCUCGUCCCCCGCUGCUCAUUGGCGCGGGCCCGAGCCAGCGCACCCAGACUCUGCGUUGCCCUCGGCCGGCUACGCGCGUAGCCCGAGCUGCGGAGACCGGUGGCGCCUGACUCCAGAGCUUCGACGCCGAGAGCCUGCCCCGCCGCCCAGGGCAGGAACAACGCGCGGUAGCCGGGCCGAGGAGCAGCAGUGGCCCGCGCGCCCCCUGGCCCGGCGCCCCAAGCCACCGACGCCUCACAGCCGCCCGCUCUCCGCAGGUGGCCACAGGACGGAGUGACAUUGCCAUGGGCGGAGAGGUGCGCGUGCUGCUACUGCUGGGCCUGCUGCACUGGGUCGGGGGCAGCGAGGGCAGAAAGACCUGGCGGCGCCGUGGCCAGCAGCCUCCCCAGCCGCCGCCCCCGCCGCCGCCCCCGCAGCGGGCUGAGGUGGCGCCGGGCGCCGGGCAGCCGGUGGAGAGCUUCCCGCUGGACUUCACGGCCGUGGAGGGCAACAUGGACAGCUUUAUGGCGCAAGUCAAGAGCCUGGCACAGUCCCUGUACCCCUGCUCUGCGCAGCAGCUCAACGAGGACCUGCGCCUUCACCUCCUACUGAACACGUCGGUGACCUGCAAUGACGGCAGCCCCGCCGGCUACUACCUGAAGGAGUCCAAGGGCAGUCGGCGGUGGUUACUCUUUCUGGAAGGCGGCUGGUAUUGCUUCAACCGAGAGAACUGCGACUCCAGAUACAGCACCAUGCGGCGUCUCAUGAGCUCCAAAGAUUGGCCACACACGCGCACAGGCACUGGGAUUCUAUCCUCUCAGCCAGAGGAGAACCCUCACUGGUGGAAUGCCAAUAUGGUUGACGUUUGGAGUGGGGCUUCACCCAAGUCUGAGAAGAAUGAAUAUGCCUUCAUGGGCUCCCUCAUCAUCCAGGAGGUGGUGCGGGAGCUCCUGGGCAAAGGACUGAGUGGGGCUAAGGUGUUGCUGUUGGCUGGGAGCAGCGCUGGGGGCACCGGGGUGCUGUUGAAUGUAGACCGCGUGGCUGAGCUGCUGGAGGAGUUGGGCUACCCGUCCAUCCAGGUGCGGGGCCUGGCUGACUCAGGCUGGUUCCUGGACAACAAACAGUAUCGCCGAUCGGACUGCAUUGAUACUAUCAACUGUGCACCCACAGAGGCCAUCCGCCGUGGCAUCAGGUACUGGAAUGGGAUGGUGCCGGAGCACUGUCAGCGCCGGUUCAAGGAAGGGGAGGAGUGGAAUUGCUUCUUCGGCUACAAAGUAUACCCGACUCUGCGCUGUCCAGUGUUCGUGGUACAGUGGCUUUUUGAUGAGGCCCAGCUGACCGUGGAUAAUGUGCAUCUCACUGGGCAGCCGGUUCAGGAGGGCCAGUGGCUAUACAUCCAGAAUCUGGGCCGAGAACUGCGUGGCACACUCAAGGAUGUGCAGGCCAGCUUUGCCCCCGCCUGCCUCUCACAUGAGAUCAUCAUUCGGAGCUACUGGACAGAUGUCCAGGUGAAGGGGACCUCAUUACCCCGGGCACUGCACUGCUGGGACCGAAGCUUCCAUGACAGCCAUAAGGCCAGCAAAACCCCCAUGAAGGGCUGCCCUUUCCACCUGGUAGACAGUUGCCCCUGGCCCCACUGCAAUCCCUCAUGCCCUACCAUCAGGGACCAGUUUACAGGGCAAGAGAUGAACGUGGCGCAGUUCCUCAUGCACAUGGGCUUCGAUGUGCAGACCGUGGCCCAGCAGCAGGGGAUGGAGCCCAGCAAGCUGCUAGGGAUGCUGAGCAGUGGAAACUAGACUGUCUGGAGGAGGAAGGACUACAGGGGGCUGUCCCAGGGUAACUCACCUCUACUUCCAGGCCCUCUGCCACGCCCAGGGCCCACCUGGGUGUGGAUGCCUGUAUUCUCCCACUGCCUUCACGAGGCCUGGCCAGAGGAGUGGUCUGUCUUCUCUGAGCCCUGCCACAACUUGGAGGACCCUUCCCACCCCACGUCUAUAUCCCUAGCCCCCAGCCCACUUUGGGGAGGGAGCCAGGGCAAAGCAAGCACUGGAUUCCUGAGCCCAUCAGCUCAGACAGUCCCUCCUACCCCCCAACUGAUCAUGCUCUUUUGUAUUAUUUUAUAAAGUGACUUUUUUAUUACUUUAAUUUUUUUAAAAAUGGAAAUUAAGAAAUAUAUGAUGGAUGAUAUUGUUUUGUAACAUAUUUUUCUUAAUAAUUAAAUAAAAAAUAACAGAAGCUCA